GAAGGGAAGGAGGAAGGGAAAGAGAGGAGAGGAAGGGAAGGAGGGGAGGAAGGAAGGAAGGAGGAGCUGAGGCGGCCGCGCACGGACCGGCGGGACCCGCCACGGGAGAUCGUGCGCGGCUCCCGGCGCUGCCAGCCAUGCUGACGGCGGGAUGAAGCUGCAGGCGGUGGUGGAGCAGCUGCAGAAGCAGCAGCAGCAGCAGCAGCAGCAGCCAGCGGUGCCCAUGGAUUGCCGGGAGCGCCCGGCGCCCUUCCCGAAGCCGCCCUUCCCCGCCCAGCCCCGCGCCGGCCCCGCCGCGAUGUCACCCGCGGUCCCCUCGCCGUGUCACCCCCCUCCCUCCGGCCGGGCCCUGGAGCGCGGCGCCCGCAACUCCGAGGAGGAGGACGAGGAGGAUGACGAGGAGGAGGAUGAAGAGGAGGAUGAAGACGAGCUGGAGGUGCCCGGCCGGGAAAGCUGCUCCGCCCUCAAGUAUUUCCGUGCUCCCAAAAGCGCCCAUCCCAACCAAAGAGUGGCCUCCAGCCCGGGGGCAGCCCAGCAGGGCAAGGAGGAGCAGGGCAGGGACUCUGCCAAGCACCCCCCGGCCCCGGGGGCACGGCCCGCCUGGCGCCUGGAGGAGCAGCUCAAACAGAAUGGCAGCGUGAGCUGGAGCGAUGAUGGAGACGGAUGCCGGGGACGGGAAAUCUCCCGAGACUUUGCCAAGCUCUACGAACUGGACAGCGAUCCCGAGCGGAAGGAAUUCCUGGAUGACCUCUUCAUCUUCAUGCAGAAGAGAGGAACUCCCAUCAACCGAAUCCCCAUCAUGGCCAAGCAGAUCCUGGAUCUUUACAUGCUCUACAAACUGGUGACUGAGAAGGGAGGACUGGUGGAAAUCAUCAACAAGAAAAUCUGGAGGGAGAUCACCAAAGGCCUUAACCUGCCCACCUCCAUCACCAGCGCCGCCUUCACCCUGCGCACGCAGUACAUGAAGUACCUCUACGCCUACGAGUGCGAGAAGAAGUCUCUGAGCUCCCCGGCCGAGCUGCAGGCGGCCAUCGACGGCAACCGGCGCGAGGGCCGCCGGCCCAGCUACAGCUCCUCCAUGUUCAGCUUCUCCCCCUCCACGCCUGGGCCUCCUUCCCUGCUGUCCCCUCCCAAAAUCCGCUUCCCCAUCAUCGGCGUGGCGCCGGGCAGCGGGACCAGCAGCCCCCGGGUGUCGCCGGCCGUCAGGAAAGGUGAGGCCGUGCCGCUGGGCGUGUCCCUGCCGGGCCGGCUGCAGGCGGUGCCGCUGGCGCUGGCGGGCCAGCCGGGCGCGGUGGCGGCCAGGACGGCGGCGCUGGAGCAGCUGCGGGAGCGGCUGGAGGCGGGCGAGCCCCCGGAGAAGAAGGCGGCGCGCGCGACGGAGGAGGAGCAGCGGCUGGUGCAGCAGGCGCUGCAGCGCAACCUGCUCAGCGUGGCCCGCCAGGUCCCCAUGAAGAUCAAAAUCAACGGGAAAGACAAGGGAGACUCGGCAGCGGCGCUGAACCUGACCCCGAACGGCAUCGGCAGCAUCAACAUGUCUGUGGAGAUCAAUGGCACCACCUAUGCUGGGGUGCUGUUUGCCCAGAAGCCCGUGGUGCAGCUCCUGGCCGGCUCAGGCACGCAGAGCUCGUGCAGCAGCUCCAGCAGCAGCUCCAGCAGCAGCUCCAGCAGCUCCCACUGCUCCCCCAGCCCUACCUCAUCGAGGGGCACAGAGCCCUCCACCAGCUGGUCCCUCUGACGGGAGUGCACACAUACCUCAUCUCAAGGAACCUGCUCUCGUGGCUGUGCAGCAGCAGGAGGAGGAGGAUGAUGAUGGUGGUGGUGGUGAAACCUUUCCAUGCCAGCGAGUUUUCCUUCAUCGUCUUUGUCCGGCCUGGUUUUGCUUUGUUGCCCCCUUUUCCUUCCUCCCUUGUGCUCUUUGUCUCCUCCUCCUCCUCCUCCUCCCGGGUUUGUUGUGUUCCCGGAGCGGGGGCACACCCGGCGUUUCUCAAUCAGGGAUGGGCUCCAGGGCGUGGCCAGGACGUCACCAGGGCAGGGACAGGGCCGGGGCUGGGCUGGGAAUCCCGGUCCUGCUGGACCCGGGGGCCGCCAGGGCUCUUCCCAGCCACAGCUCCGUGUUUUGACAAUCCUGAGAGCCGGGGGGUGCCUGGCCCCGUGGCAAUAUUCUCCUCUUCCUUCCUGCUGUGUCCCCACGAGUCGGUUUUGGCACCAUCAGCCGCUGGGUCCUGGCUGGUGCCACCUCACCCCUCGAGUCCCGAGUGUCCCUGUGUCCCCUGUCCCCGUGGCCUUUGGGGUCCCCCUGCCCUGCUGACGUCCCUCCCAUCCCUCCUGCCCUGCUGACGUCCUUCCCGUGCUCCGGGCCCAAGUCAGGUUUUUUUGAGCAGACGAAAUACCUCAGAUAUGUAACUUGUUGGGUUGGUUUUGUUUGUGUUGGGUUGGUUUUUGUUUUUUAACCUCUUCAGGAAGUAUUGGCAUAUCCUAUCGCUUGGGGGUUUUCAUAGGUGGGUUUGCUGACUUUGUGUUUGCUUCUGUUUGUGUUCGCUUUUAAACGCAUCACCAAAGACAGGGAGUUCCAACAAGGCUGAGCAGGGGAGCAGUGGCUCCCCCACCCUCCCGGAGCAGAAUUCCAGCGUCAUCCUAGGACGUGUGCACGGGAAAACGAGCCGGGAGCGAUCCCGUGCGUUGUGCCGGCUCUGCCGAGCCCCGGGGUCGGGAGCAGGGAAUGCACAUGUCCCGAGGCGGUGCUGCUCUCGGGGCAGCGCUGCCCUCCCUCCCUCCCUGUGGGCGGGGAAGCCGUUUCACCCUCGCACACUCCCAGAGGAUUUUCUGGGACUCAAUCAGAUGAUUUUUUUCGUUGUUGUUGGUUUUCUUUUGGUUGUUGUUGGGUUUUUUUUUAUUUUAUUUUAUUCGGGGGUGGGGUUGGGCUGUUUCCUCUGAGUGGGACUGGGGCACUUUCUGCUUUUCCCGGCUGCUCCGGGGUGGGGUUGCUUUGUCUCACUUGCUAACGUCGUGUUUUCUUGCACAGAAAGGCACUCGAAUCACUGAACUGCUUGGACACUACUAGAGUAUUAAUGUUUAUAAGCUUUACUCAACCUAGACUGGAACUAGCCAGGGACUAACAGAUUGUUUUGUAUCCAAUUCAGGGAAAGAAUCAGGUGGGGAAGCGUAACAGAUACCUCAGUUAAAUAAGCUGCAACAAUAACCGGUCCUUUUCCCAGCCCAGGGUGACAAGGACCAUCCAGACUGUGAAGAGUUAACCCUUUCCCUCAGCCUGGCUUUGGCCCUGGCAGCCUCGAGCUGCGGGUCUCCUGCUGAGCUGCCAGGCUUUGGGCCGGGGUGCUGGAAACCAGCAGCGAGCAGGGCGGGGGAGGCUGAGCCCAGGGCAGUACUCAGGGUUUGAUGCUGCGAGCAGGACGUUCCCGAGGGCAGUGCUGGCUUUGCAGCGCCCCUCCAUCCUCUCCCGAGCUUCACACACCAGCCACAAACCCCCAGCGCGCUCCUCCCGGGGGGGAAAAAGCAGCCCCGGGGGCAGGGUGGGGUCGGGGGAGGCUGCUGUGCCUGCUGCGAUCAGGUGUUCUCUCCAAACAGCUGCAGCAGCCUUGCUAACUAGUUUUCUUACCUAUUUAAAAGAGAAAAAAAAAAUAAUAAAAUAAGUAAAUAAAAACAAAUGUGAUAGCCUAGGCGGUGGAUAAAUACCUCAACGUCUCCUUCCAACAAGUGUCUGUAUAUGUUGUUGUUGGGUUUUUUCUAUCUUACAGGUUAUCUGAAUGUUUAUAUUCCAAUAAACUUCUACCUCUUCACA